AUGUCUCGCAGCGGGAAGAGCACAGCCCCGAGCCCGGGAACGCCCGGGGGCUACCACAUCCGAACACCUUCACCUACCACUUCGAUGGCAACGCAGAGUCCAGCAGCCACGCCUGGCGGCAAUUGCAAUGAUAUGGAUCAGUCCGUCGGCCACGACAGAUCCGGAAGCGAAGCACCAAGGCCACGCUUGCCCGAUGAGUGUAUCGAGAAGUGCCUUGCCGACGCGGCUCGCACCUUAUUGAGUCUGUCAGGAUCUAGCCGAUGUGCCUAG